ACAUGUAUAUCUAUCUGUCAGCAUUAUCAUCAUUCACAGAAUAAGAUCUGGGUUCUCUUUGUAUGAAGAAAAAUAUUAUUUCCCCCAAGGAUUGAGUACUGUUAGGGUUUGUACUUUCCAUUUGGACUAGACUAGGAAAACCAGCUCUGCAGUACUCUUUCCAAGCUAUGGAAUCUUCUUUCUCACAGUUUAUUGGAGAAAUACUAAAGCCUGUUUAAUCACUUCUACUUGAAUUUAUUUGAAUCUAACUCGCUUGAAUGCUGAUGAAGAAGAAUCCAUUGAACUUAUAUGAUGAAGAUGAGGAAGGUGAUGAUGGAACUAAGGCCAGAGAUGGUGCAAGUUCAAGCAACAGCAUCGUUGAAGAAUGUGAGAAGAAGGCAAGUCCAAAUGGGGUGCGGCACUAUGUAAGAUCAAAGAUGCCAAGGCUACGAUGGACCCCUGAACUUCAUCUUUCUUUUGUUCGAGCCGUGGAGAGACUUGGCGGUCAGGAGAGAGCAACACCAAAGCUUGUCUUGCAACUAAUGAACAUCAAGGGUCUUAGUAUUGCACAUGUGAAGAGCCAUUUGCAGGUAUUUGUUAAAAUAUCAAGAAUUGCAGUCUUAGAAGGAAGAUGACAACACACAAAUAAUUGCUCUAAUUUCAGUUUUGUUUUUGAGCAUACAGAUGUAUCGGAGCAAGAAAAUCAAUGAUCAGGGUAAAGAUGAUUACCUUCCUCAAAAUCUUUGGCAUCAGUCCACGCUUCAUGAUCAUCAAAGAGUUAUCAGUGAUAUUUCAUGGAGUGGUUUCUGUGGAAAUCGAACGCCUGAGCCGUACCUGACUAAUUUCAUAAAUAGUAGAAGGAAAGCUUGUUCAAACCCAAGGAGUGAGAUUCUGUACAAUAUGAAUAAUAACUUCAUCUUCAGUCAGCAACCUGUUAAUGAAAUGGUACAUGCUUGUGAAAGCAACGGAGCACAAAUACAGCCAAUGCUAAUGUAUAUGCAUCCCUCUUUUGCAAACAAAUGGCCUGGGAAAGGAGCAGAAAGGCAGGGAAUGUCCAAAAGAAAACCGCUUGACGAAGACCUUGAUUUGAGCUUAUCACUGAGCACAAAGUUGAGGAGAAAGACAUCCAAUGAAGAAGAAGCGGCGAAUAGCAAUUUAUCUCUUUCAUUAUCUUAAAUUGGCUAGUACCCUGGAUCUGACUUUAUGAAUUAGAGAGAAUUCUAGUGAGAUCUUGUUGGUACUUGUACAAGAAAAUAACAAAAGUUAUUAUCAUAGGUUGGUGCCCUACACUAAGAGGUUAUGGCAAAAAUUGUCAUGGUCUAACUUUGCUGUCGAUUUUCCGUUCUCAAGUGCUUGUUUUAAUCGCAAUAAAUCUUCAAGU